CGGUUUGGUUUUACGCACCAGAGACGCGUCAGUCGGUGGAGAGCCGUCAGUUGUCAGCUCGGAGGGAGGAUUUAAUCAUCUGUCACUUCGUUCAGCUCCAGCAGAGUCUCCAUAGUGUCUCCACAGAGUCUCCACAGAGUCUCCACAGGCGCAGACAGCGGAUAUCCGUGAAACAACGACAUCAUGAGCGACCGCUUCGACUGCAAGAACUGCAACGAGUCCUUGUACGGACGUAAAUACAUCCAGGUGGAGGCCAAGCCGCACUGCAUCUCCUGCUACGACCGUCUGCAUGCCAACACCUGCCAGGAGUGUAAGGAGGUCAUCGGACACAACGCAAAGGAGCUCUUCUACGAGGACCGGUAUUACCACGAGCACUGCUUCCGUUGUUUCCGCUGCGAUCGCUCUCUGGCCGACGAACCCUUCACCAGCCAGGACCACGGUCUGGUCUGCAGCGACUGCUACUGCAACGAGUUCUCCUCCAAGUGUGUUUCCUGCGACAAGACGGUGAUGCCAGGUUCCAGGAUGUUGGAGUACGACGGAUCCACGUGGCACGAGGACUGUUUCACGUGUCACGGCUGUGAGAAGCCGAUCGGCGCCGAGGCCUUCAUCCCUGACAAAAACAACUACUACUGUGUGCCAUGUCACGAAGGACGCUUCGCUCCUCAGUGCAGCCACUGCAAGAAGGCUCUCACUAAGGGCGGGCUCACCUACCGGGACCAGGUCUGGCAUCAGGAGUGUUUCCGGUGCAGCGGCUGUGAAGCUCCUCUGGCCGGUCAGACGUUCACCUCUCAGGGAGAAGCUCCGUUCUGCGUCAAGUGUUUCAGCAGCCUCUACGCCAAGAAGUGCUCCGGAUGCAACUCUGCAAUCACAGGUUUCGGCGAUGGGAAGUACGUUUCCUUCGAGGAGCGCCAGUGGCACCAGCCCUGCUUCAAGUGUUCCCGCUGCUCCGUGUCGCUGGUGGGAUCCGGGUUCUUCCCAGACCGGGACCAGAUUCUGUGCACAGACUGCAACAACGACGACUGAGCGACACGAAGUCCGACGUAGAAGCAGCAAACACCAGCAGAACGUUCCAAACCUCAGCUUCACUCCAACACUGCAGCUAAAGCUAGCACAGCUGAUACAGAAACGCCUCCUAUCGGCCUCAAAACAUCUUCGUUUUUAUGUUUUGCACAUUAAAGAAUGAACAGAAAUAUAUGUAAACGUUUAAGUUAAAAAUAAAGCGAGACGGAACUUACACCUGAAUGUUGUGAAAACAUGAAUUUUAACUCAGUUCUGUCAUUUUUUUCUAUUUCCUGUACGUUAGCAUCUGUUGAAAAUUAACUGUCACUUUUUUGUUUUUCUUUCCGCUUAGAUUAAUUUUUACUGCAAUAAAAAGCCUUUAAAUGAA